AUGCAUACACCUGUGUGCAGCUGCUUAAUGGGAAAUGUCUUGUUUUAUUGGUGCUAUUCCUUAUCAAUAAACAUUUCAAAGAGCGUUGUGAACGGAAAGGACACAACCAAAGGACAUUCAUUCUUUCGAAAAAGAACGAAAUUAAGUGAUAGGGUGAUGAAACAGAAACUGAUCUGGUGGAUCACCUUUACAUUGGUAUAUUCAGCAUGUCUAUCACAUAUGAUUGAGAGAUAUUAUUGGGAUGGCAUGUGGUUAAAAAUGGAUACAAUCCCAGAAAAGCUAGAGAUUAUAGGAGGAAGCAAAUCCUAG